AUGUAUGCGAAACCAUCGCGUGCUCGGAUUCUCAGUCUCAAGGAAUCACUUACACGUGCUACUAAGGGCACUCAAAGCAUGUCUGCUUAUCUUCAGCAUAUCAAGCAACUUGUGACUACUCUUAACUCUACUGGAGCUGCUAUCACUAUUGAUGAUCUCACUCUUUAUGUUCUUAAUGGCUUACCACCUGAAUACAAAGGUAUUUCUGAUUCUAUACGGACUCGAGACACUGCACUUCAUUUUGAUGAACUUUAUGAAAAGUUGUGUGACUAUGAGCAGCUACUCCAGCGAGAUCACAACCCUCUUGCUUCCCUCUUGACUGCCAAUUUUGCCGCCAAGACCACAUCUUCCAACACUCGGAACAAUCGGUCUAAUAUUGGCUCUAACAAAGGCACUACUCAGCAAGCCAAUCAUCGCUUCAAUGGCAAACAAGGAAAUCGACCA